AUGAGUGAACAACAGGGUACCCUUACACCAGACCAAGGCCAUAGAAGAAACAAAGCGUCCAUUACUCGGGCAACAAGACCGAGAUCCUCUACCAAAGGCCCUCUAGAUGCCGACAAGUCAUUCAGCCCAACACUCCAGCCAUCACCAACCUUUGCAUCACAACCUCAACACGCCGCGCCAUCUCCAACUCCUCAGCUGGGAGAGGCCCGGCCAAAGGACUUCUCAUUCCUCCUUCAGCCGGAGAUAUACCAUCCCCUCAACGUACAAAACCUCCCGCCUGCGUUCAGAAACUCUCCAAAGCAGCCCACUCAAGCCACGCCCAUUGAAGAACUGCUCGCCAAAGGCCACUUCCGAGCAGCAGCCAUCGCAGCGGCUCAAGAACUGACAGGCUCAACCAUCAACGGCAGCCCCGUCGACCCGCAAGAUGCCACCCGGAUCUUUCGGUUGCUGUAUACCCGCCUCGCCUGUCUCACCCUGAUCGAUGCCACCUCGCUUGCGGCUCAGGAAGCCAAGGCGCUGGAGGACCUCAACGACGCCCGCAGAUACAUUGAUGACAACACGGGCGAGCACCUUGUGCCAUGGGAGCUGCGCGUGCUGCACGUACGUCUGCAGGCGCUUGGCUUUGGUGAUGCCCGCCGAGCGGUGAUGAGCUACCACGAUCUCGCCAGGGAGGCGAGGGAUCACAUCAGAAAGGCAUCUUUGUCCCACGACAAUUCUGCUAGAGAGCUGUGGAAGUCACGUCUGCACGAGCUUGGCAUCAAGGUCGCAGGGGCCCUGAUCGAGAUGGACGAUCUCUCUGGUGCAGCGCACCAUCUUGGCAGUCUGAGGGAUCGAGGCGACGGCAAGCUGGCGCUGUCCAAGGCAUUGCUGUGGCUGCACCUUGGCGAUACCGCCAACGCAAAAGCUUGCGCAAGCCAGUGCUCUGAGAGCAUGGAGAACGUGGAAAAGAUCAUCCUGGCGCUGUGCGACAUGGCGGAUUCCAACUAUGAGGAGGCACUGCAAAAAUGGCAAGAGUUUGACAGCUCAAUAGCGGAUGAGAUGAUUGGCGUGAACCAGGCAGUGUGCCUCAUCUAUCUCGGGCGGAUUCAAGAGGGACGGACCAUCUUAGAGAAGCUGGUUGACUCAGGCCUGUCGUCGCAUACGCUGCUAUUUAAUCUCUCGACGAUAUAUGAACUGUGCUCGGAAAGGAACCGAAUACUGAAGGCGAAGCUCGCGGACAGGGUGGCUAACCUCGAGGAGUCGCCGUUUGGGUGGGAGAAGACGAACGCCGAUUUCAAGCUGUGA